CAUUUUCAUUUUCAUUUUAACAAUUAGAAUCGAACCUCGUUGGCUUCUAUUAUUAUAAUUUAGAUUUUAAUGAAUUAAUUUUUUUUUCUGAUUGAAUUAUUUUCACAAAUCAUCAACAUGGAAGAAAUUGAAGCAUCAAAUCUUGAAAAGACCAUUUUAUCCAGUCCAUUGGUUAAUAUCAUAUUCUAUGCAAAAAAUGAUGAACGAUGUUCGCAAAUUUUGGAUUUUAUUCCCGAACUUGUUGCACAGGAUGAAUUUAAAAAGUUCAAAUUUUUCAAAAUUGAUGCCGUUUCGGGAACAUUCGCUGUUCGUUCGGUGCCCACAAUGAUUAUGUUUCGUAAUGGAAAUGAAAUAGAUCGAGUAGUUGGUGCUGAUACAUCGGCUAUUACACAAAAACUUCGAAAAAUUCUCGAAUCCGACCGUUCGAUUGAACAACGAUUAAAAUCAUUGAUCAAUCAACAGCCUAUCAUGGUUUUCAUCAAAGGAACACCCGAACAGCCAAGAUGUGGAUUCACACGAACACUACUGUUGAUAUUGAAACAAAUGAAUGUACAAUUUGGCCAUUUCGACAUACUUAGCGAUGAAGAAGUACGACAAAGUCUAAAAGCUUAUUCCAAAUGGCCAACAUAUCCACAAUUGUAUGUAAAAGGUGCAUUGAUUGGUGGUGUAGAUAUUAUACAAGAUCUACAUGAAAAUGGUGAAUUAGAAAAUGUAUUGAAAUCUUAAGAUUACAAUACUUGUAAUUGAAUAGAUUUGAAAGAAAAUUUUUUUUUUAUUUUUCAUUUUUUUCCACUGAUUACCAAUAAUAAUGAUAAUAAUAAAA